CGGAUGCUCCUGGGGAAGCGGAGGAAAAUGUACAUCCCGACGACAUAUUGCUAACUGAUCCUGCAAGGACACUGCCCCCUGCCCUCUUCCCUGCCUCUGCUAUGGACACUUCUGCUUUUAGCCUCCCCACGCCGGCAGUGUUGGAGGAGGGGAAUGCCUCCAGUAGCUGGGCAGGCUUCACUACCCCCAACAGCUCCUCCACCGACAGCCCUGGUGUAGUUGUCAGCGGUGUCCUCAUCCCUGUGGUCUACCUCAUUGUCUGUGUGGUGGGGCUGGCUGGGAAUUCCCUGGUCAUUUAUGUGGUCCUGCGGCACUCCGUGAGCGAGUCGGUGACCAACGUGUACAUCUUGAACCUGGCCCUGGCCGACGAGCUCUUCAUGCUGGGCCUGCCCUUCCUGGCUGCGCAAAACGCCCUGUCCUACUGGCCAUUUGGUUCUUUCAUGUGCCGCCUGGUGAUGGCCGUGGAUGCCAUCAACCAGUUCACCAGCAUCUUCUGCCUGACGGUGAUGAGCGUUGACCGCUACCUGGCUGUGGUCCACCCAGGGAAGUCCUCCAAAUGGAGGACAGCACGGGUGGCCAAGGCCGUGAGUGUAACCGUGUGGGUGCUGUCUUCCAUAGUGGUGCUGCCCGUGGUUGUCUUCUCAGAUGUCCCUUUAGGGAUGAGUACAUGCCACAUCCAGUGGCCAGAGCCUGCCUCGGUGUGGAGAGCUGGCUUCAUUGUCUACACUGCUACCCUGGGCUUCUUUGGACCACUCUUGGUGAUUUGCCUCUGCUAUCUCCUGAUUGUUGUGAAGGUUCGCUCCUCUGGCAGGCGGGUGAGGGCUCUGUCCUCCAAGCACAAGCUUUCAGAGCGCAGAGUGACCCGCAUGGUGGUGACUGUGGUGGCUGUCUUUGUCCUCUGCUGGCUUCCCUUCUAUGUCCUCAACAUAAUCAAUGUUGUCUGCCCGCUGCCAGAGGAGCCGUCCCUCUUUGGAGUCUACUUCCUCGUGGUGGUGCUGCCGUAUGCCAACAGCUGUGCCAAUCCCAUCAUCUACGGCUUCCUCUCCUACCGCUUCAAGCAGGGCUUCCGCAGGGCCAUCUUCAGGCCGUCCCGCCGAGUCCAGAGCCAGGAGGUGCCAGCAUGCCCCCCAGAGAAGAUUGAUGACGAAAGGGAAGAGGGUGAGAUCAGCAAGAUAACCCAAAAUGGUAAUGAGAGGCAGGAGCGCCCUCUAAGCAGCGGAGAAGGAAAAAGCAAUGAGCAAAAACCGCUCCCUGAGGAGCCUGUGGGAUGUGAAAAGAGCAACAAGUUGCAUGUCAGUUAUUUAUGA